AUGACCUCAGGGGAAACAGUAGUUGACCUAGAAGCGCUUGCCCACAUUUUGGGCCCAAAUUCCAUACCCGUCCUGACUACAUCAGGGGAACUAGUGACUCUGUCAGCAGCACCUGAUGGAGAACUCACUUCAUUAUGGACAGCCCAAGUGGAUGAGGAAGACUGCCAAAAUAUGGCACCUCAAAGUGGUAUGGUGACACUACAAGAAAAUGUUAGUGCCAAUGAUGGAGUGACCUUCACCUCCAUGGAGGGCCUAGGUGUCCUCACCAUUCCAUCUGAGCUUCAAAAAGGUGGAGCUAUUAUUACAAUACUUCCUACUGAGGAUGGUUUGAUACUUCAGGACUUCAAUCAGGAAACUUCUGUUGUCAUCAAGCAAGGAUUGAAGUUGAAUGGGACCCUCAAGAAUGAAAGUAUAUGUACUUCCAAGUCAGAGGACCUUGGUGCUCUUGGACCUGGUGAGCAUGUAGGUUCCCUUGAGGAUGGGAGCAUUCAUGGGCCAAGUUCUAAUGAUGCAUGCAUUAGACCAACUGUUCAUAUCUCCUCAUCAAUACCCCCUGUUAGUAACCUCCGGCUCCACAUGGCGACACAUAAUUGGGAUGCAUUGGAGUGUCCUGAUUGCUAUAAGAAAUUUUCACGCAUGGCAAGCUUGAAGGCACAUAUUAUUCAUCAUCAGAAGGAAGAACUAUAUUCCUGUGAAGAGUGUGGUGAAGAAUAUGCAACAAAGCUCCAAUUGGAUGAACAUUGUCGUGAACAUUAUGAGCUGACAGUGGGCAGCAAUGCUCCAGAGAAGUUUAUGUUUCCACAAAUAGCCAAAGAAAUAACAAGGUACAAAAUAUUCCAGGUGAAGCAUGUACUCAAUUCUACAAAGAAGUACAAGAAAAGAAAGCGGAAUCAAAAUUUGAAGCAUGCCUGCAGUCACUGUGGAAAGGCAUUCAUCAAAAGGAGUCUUCUUAUCAGGCAUGUAAGGAUCCACACAGGAGAAAGACCCUUUCAGUGUCGCAUUUGUGGCAAGGCCUUCAAUCAGAAGAAUGCCCUACUUGCCCACCAAACCAAGCAUAGUGGGAGCCGUCCAUUCCAGUGUGGAUUCUGUCCUUCAACAUUUGGCCAUGUUGGAAAUCUGAGACAGCACAUACGUAAAGUUCAUGAUGCUGGCCCAAAUUUCAAGUUCGAAUGUCCAUACUGCCCCAGUGUUUUCCAGAGAUCAAACAGCUUGACGAGUCAUAUCCGCCGACUUCAUGUGGCUGCAGAAGCAAUAAAGUGUCUUGCAAAAGAUGAAUUGUCACUGUCAAAGAAUCAAACAGAAUCAUUGCUCCUCCUUCCAUGCUCUGAGUCCCAACAAGCCUCUGGCCCACAGGUUGUGGAGGCAUCCAUGGUUAAUGCAGUGUCGGAUGGUAUGAAGAGCAGUGAGGGAGACUUGCUCCGGAUGGCACUGCUCAACAGUGGUCUCACACAACCUAGUCAAAAUGAACCAGAGAUUCAACAACACUCAGAGUCACGUGAUUCAGUCACUACGCUCACUCUCCAUGGCUCACUCAAUAACUCAAGUAUUUCUCAGCAGUCAUGUGAAAGUGGUGGAAGUACCUGGCAGGGAGAUGGAGUUCUCCUAGGUACCAUGCCAAAUGGCUCAUCCAAGUCACAUGCCAAUAGACACACUGAGGAGUCUCCUGAGAGUGAGAUGUUGAAAAAGCAAUUCAAACAGCACAAUCAAGGAGAGAAGGAACAGAAGAGACCAGAAAUGCUCCAGGAAGGCCUCCAGAGUGGAAGUGGUUUACGACUGGCAGAACCAAUUUGGAUCACUCAGAAAGAAGGUCUCACAGUGGUCUCAAAAUCAUCUAAACGCCCUCUUGUACUAAAUGCUGAUGAUCUCAAGGACACACGUGUACGUCCACACAAAUGCAAGCUCUGCCCUGCUGCUUAUAAGAAGUCUUCUCAUCUCAAGACCCAUGGAAUUCCAUCUAAUGUGGAGGAAAGUGAUGAAGUAAUCCCUGAUUCCUUCCCAGAAGGAGAUGCAAUGCCUUUGCAGUCUCAAGAAAUCCAUCAAGAUGUCCUGGAGAACCCCAAUACAGGAUGUUCGGGAGAUCUGAAAAAAGUUCCAGAAGGAGGAAACACUUCAGGGAAUGACUAUGUGCCAAAUAUCAUGGGCAAUGAUCUUUAUAUGCCAAGCUGUGAUGCCUUUACCUCUGGAGGUCAAGCCUCUCAUACGGAACAAGUCCAAGGAGAAGCAAUGCCUACACAAGAAAUGUACAAUGAUAUCACCAUGAGCAGUCAAGCUCCUCAGGGACAAGAACAGCAGAGUGGUAGCAGUAUGCUGAAGCCUGCUACUUCUGAUCAAGGCAAUGUGUUUUCUGAAGAACUUGCUCACUCUUCCUUCUUCAUAGAGGAUGAUGAUCUCAUGUUGGAUGGAGAGAAUGGAGGAUUUUUGGACACAAUUGGACUGAAUCUCAAUGAAAUUGCCCCUUCGAACACUAAUCCUCCAUUGUUGCCCAUCAGAGAGAAGCAGGAUGAAAAUAUGACAGUCCCAGUGAUCUCAACAGAAGAUGUGGAUAUUGUUCUGACCAUCACUCCAGACAGACCCAAAGAGGAACGACUGACAGUAGAUGAGCUCCAGAGUGCCAGGCCAAAAAAGAAGGCAUGCCAGAGACAGAGGCAAGGAUAUAUAAUGAAGUACAGGAAUCAGUGCCGUUUUUGUUCGAAGUCAUUCAAGAAGCCGUCUGAUCUUUCUCGGCACGUCCGUAUUCACACUGGUGAGAAGCCCUUCAAAUGUGCUCUGUGUUCCAAGACGUUCACGGUGAAGUCCACCUUGGAUUCUCACAUGAAAGUCCAUUUCGGUGGCCGGAAAUUCAUUUGUCCUAUCUGCCAAGCCAGCCUGUCUUCGAAAGCCAGCUUGCAGAUGCAUUUCCGGAUCCAUACAGGUCUCCGUCCGUUCAAAUGCGACGUCUGCGGGCAAUGCUUCCGCACGUCCGGGCACCUCAAGUCCCACAUGUGCACCCACGCCAAGAUGAAGCUGAGGGUGGAGAAGGUGAGGUCGGAAGCGGGCGAUUCGAUCCCCGCCAGGACCAGAACGAAUCAAGCCACGGUCUCCGUUUCCGCGAAGUCCGCCGGCCACCCGUUGGAGUCCUUCCCAGUGCUCAAACUGAUCGAACUCCCGGCGUCGUCGUCUUCCAUGGGGAAUCCUGAUCCCGAGGCUCUCGGCAAUCCCGGCGUCCCGUCCUCCGGGAACGAGAGCACCUAUGAUCAAAGCGGGGAGGGUGAAGGGAUGUGCCUUGCUCCCUACCAGGUGGGGAUGCCGGAGUACGAGAUCGAGGAACUGGAAGUCGACGAGAAGGGUCAGGUCAUUCGAAUCUGCAGCAGUCGACGCGAGUGUCGAGCCGAAACUCCCAUCGUUUACACGCCCCUGGUCUCGGACGCUGCUCACUUGGAGGGGCAGGACGGGGAUGAAAUCUCCGAGCAGGCAGAGUCGGGACUCGAGAUGCCGUCUCACACCUGCCCGGUAUGCUCGAAGAGCUUCAAGAAGCCCUCGUUGGUGGAGCGGCACAUGAGGAUCCACCGAGGAGAGCGACCGUUUAAAUGCAGUCAGUGCGACAAGUCCUUCGUGCAGAGAAGCACGCUCCAGAUCCACGAGAGGGUCCAUUCCAACAGCCGCCCCUAUGCCUGCAACUUCUGCCCGCAAAAGUUCACCCAGAGGGGCAACCUGGUGAAGCACGUACGAGGGAAGCAUCCCGAUGGGGUCGUGAAACGCGAGGAACAAGUGGAGGCCGAGGCCGGAGAGAAGGGUCAGGAGGUACCCGUGCAGGUACCUGCGUCGGUACCGACCACCGUCAUCCUCUCGCUGGAUAGCCUACACUUCCCCGACCUUUUCCCCACUAGUCACUCGAGUGAAUUUUGA